GGGUCGGUCCGGGUCGGUCCGGGCGUAGUGGGGUUCAGGGCCUGGGAUCGCUCGGCCCGGGGCAGCUGAAGAGCCCUUGACGGGACGGAGCGGCGCCACCCCUGAGGCCUGCUGACUGGCGGACUCUGCGCGCCCCGCGGAAGUCCGCGGUGAGCAUCAGCGACCGCGGAGCGACGGCGGGCGGCCCCGGGCAUGUACGCCCCCGGAGGCGCAGGGCUGCCCGGCGGGCGCCGGCGGAGGAGCCCGGGAGGCAGCGCUCUGCCCAAGCAGCCGGAGCGUAGCCUGGCCUCGGCCCUGCCCGGCGCCUUGUCCAUCACGGCGCUGUGCACUGCCCUCGCUGAGCCUGCCUGGUUGCACAUCCACGGUGGCACCUGUUCCCGCCAGGAGCUGGGGGUCUCCGACGUACUUGGUUACGUGCACCCGGACCUGCUGAAAGAUUUCUGCAUGAACCCCCAGACGGUGCUGCUCCUGCGGGUCAUUGCCGCCUUCUGCUUCCUGGGCAUCCUUUGUAGUCUCUCCGCGUUCCUUCUGGAUGUCUUUGGACCCAAGCAUCCAGCCCUGAAGAUCACCCGUCGCUAUGCCUUUGCCCACAUUCUCACGGUCCUGCAGUGUGCUACCGUCAUCGGCUUUUCCUACUGGGCUUCCGAACUCAUCCUGGCCCAGCAGCAGCAACAUAAGAAGUACCAUGGUUCUCAGGUGUAUGUCACCUUUGCCGUUAGUUUCUACCUGGUGGCAGGAGCCGGUGGAGCCUCAAUCCUGGCCACAGCAGCCAACCUCCUGCGCCACUACCCCACAGAGGAGGAAGAGCAGGCACUGGAGCUGCUGUCUGAGAUGGAGGAGACCGAGCCCUACCCCUCGGAGUACGAGGUCAUCAAUCAAUUCCAGCCUCCCCCGGCCUACACACCCUAAUGCCGGCCGUGGCUUUCCGCCUCCCUGCUCCCAAUCUGAAGCUCCUCCCACACCCAGAGGAGCGCCUUCUUCAGCAGGCCUCACUGGUAGGAUCCUGAGCGUCUUCACCAAACCUUUCCCAGGAGAGACUCUGCCUUUUGGGUUGUUCAUGUAUCCCUGCUCUUGAAACCUGGGUCACGGAUUUUAUAUCAUGCACUGUUUCCCCUCUCGCCACCUUCCUGUCCCUAAGAUCGCUAGUCAUUACCAACCAGGGACGGUCAUACAUGUUUUCUCCCUUCAUGGGCCACAUUUUUCAGACCAGAACUUUCCUGGGGAAGCUGCUGAUAGUGGACAGUCUCAGAUAGAGGUGUCACCAGGGCCCAAGGGAAAGGGGACUGUGCCCUGCAGGCUUCCUUCCUAGGUCAGCUUUGUUCCACAGCUGCUCCCAUUUCUUCUCAGAGUGCACAGUGCCAGGCCGCCCGCUCUGCGGGAUUCUCUGCACUUUAGUCUUUGGACUUCCCGUCCUCUGUGCUGUUUGACGGGGAGAAGGCAUUGCCAUUGGAAGCAGAGCAAGGCUUCUCCCCGCCCUGCCCUGGCUUGGUGGCUGGAUCCCCGGCAUGGAGAGAGCACAGGGUGUGGGCCUGAGGCCUCCUGGUGCCCAGAGAGUAUCAGGGUGAAGGGGGAACCAAGCAACAGCACCAAUAAUCUGUUUUAAACUAGCGACAAGACUGUUGUCAUUUUUUCUAUUUUUAUUCUAUUCUCUGGGCUCUGCAGUGUUUGGGGCCACAGCUCCUUCCAGCUCAUAGUCUUUUCUCCUUGAACCUCUCCCAGUAGAACGCAGCCCCCCCCCACCCCCCACCCCCCAGUGGCCUUCCUGUGGAAUGCAGAGCCCCAUCAGCAGAGGGGCGGAGGACUGUGGCCUGGCUGGCUGGCCAGCGUGGUGCUCCUCAGGACUGGCGCUGAGAUGUAACCUGGCCUCCGUGCAGGAGCGGGUCACAGCAGGGCAGGAGACCCACCAUGCUCCACACAGGAACCACAGCCCGUUGCGUGAGGUGUCAGAUGGCAGACCUGGCUGUGUCCUUCAGGGUUAGUGCUGCCCCUCACCUGUGACUUGGGGCAACAUCUUGCUGCAUGCCCUCUCCCCUUCUUGAAUGUCCUCUGGUCUUGCAGUGUCCUACCCACGGGCUCUAUCUUGCCCAGCCAUUACUCUGGCUUUCCUGUUGGCCACACGUGUCUCUGGGUCUGGCUGAAUUUUCUGAGAUUGGCAUAAAAGUGGGAGAAACUUGAGAGACCUUCGUUGUGGAUCCAGAUGGCCAUCCUUCUUUGGAAUCAGUGUCCAGUGCAGAGCUGAAAAACAGAUGGAUCCCAAUCUCUUCCUACAGGUGACAGAACAAGACUGGAGAAUGGACACCACUGUUGAACUGUGGUAGGAAGGAACUGUUAUGUGCCUCAUCCUCUGGCCAGACCACCUGGGGAUGUCUGGACAGACCCCUGUGUGGGCAGUGAAGACCAUGUCUGCCCAUGAAUGAGUGGCUGCCUGGCGUUCACUGUGAUGCCCAAGUGUCCCAUAGUGACUCAUGCCCAGACUUCCUGUGAGGCGAGCAAGACUGCCGUGUGGUACCUGCGCCCCGAACCAGGGGCUGUGUGGUCUUGUCUUUGUCAAGUCCGCAUUUGUCUUCGGCAGAUGUCUGGGGCGCGGCCAGCUCUCACUGACCACGGGUGUCUGAGGGGCAGAUCAGGAGACCAGGCACCAGACACGCAUGCCAAAAUGACCGGUCAUCUCCUGGGCCCCAGACAUGACCCUGUGGACUGUUCCAUGUGAUUCGGAACCCACUUUUUAUCAGUUGUCCAUGCCCUGGCCCUUCUCUUCCCCCUGCUAUCCUGACACUCAUAUAAAUUCCCUGGUGGGUUUCUUUUUUUCUAGGAAAAAAAUAAAAAGCAAAAACAAAACAAAUGAACAGAAACCACAACUAAGAAUGAAAAUGCCAUUGGCUCCCUGUCAUUUUUCUAGCACAAUUUCCCUGAGUUGGGUUGUUCCCUUUCUCUUGGAGAAGCAGGAGAAAUUGAGCAAGUGUAAUUUUAAAAGUCAGAGGGAGCCCUGGGCGGUUUGGCUCAGUGGUUAGAGUGUUUGUUGCCUGUGCACUAAGGGUCAUGGGUUUAGA